UUGUGUUUUAUGGCCCAGUAUUAAAAUGGAGUUUGUUCGCAGAAAUGGUUCGGCAUUAUCUCUACUAAUACAGAUUUUUACUAUUUUUAAAACAACUAGAUCACAUAUUUUAGAAUUUGAUUCAAUUUUGCCUAUCAAUCCAGAUGAAUACGACAAUCUGCAGCCUCCCAAAGAAAACGGUGAAGCUACGGUUGUUCGGUUUCAUGUUACCGUCCUAAGCAUCGAUACAAUAGAUGAAGGUUCAAUGACCUAUGUAGCUGAUAUAUUUAUGUCCCAAAGUUGGAAAGACUACAGAUUAAGGUUACCUGAAAAUAUGACAAUGAAGUAUCGGCUGCUACCUGUGAACUGGCUGAAACGUAUGUGGAGGCCAGACUCUUUUUUCAAAAACGCUAAAAGAGUCACUUUCCAAGAAAUGACCAUUCCUAACCACUAUAUUUGGUUGUAUAGCGACAAAACAAUUUUGUACAUGGUAAAAUUAACGCUGCUGUUAUCUUGCUCCAUGAAAUUCGAAGCUUAUCCACAUGACACACAAGUUUGUUCAAUGAAGAUAGAAAGUUUAUCUUAUACUACAGACGAUCUAAUAUUUGAUUGGGAAACAGAGGUGCCUCUAGUAGUAGAUGAUGAUAUCGAAUUACCACAACACAACUUAGUUGACACAUCUUUAGGAGAUUGCACUAAAGUGUAUUCUACAGGAAAUUUCACAUGUAUUCAAGUGGUCUUCACACUCAAAAGAAGGCUUGGAUAUUACAUGUUCCACACCUACAUUCCAACAUGUCUAAUUGUCAUCAUGUCCUGGAUAUCUUUCUGGAUAAAACCAGAAGCAGUGCCUGCAAGAGUAACCCUCUGUGUAACAUCCCUCCUAACCUUGUCCACACAACACGCACAGUCUCAGAAAUCAUUGCCACCCGUCUCCUACAUCAAAGCCAUUGAUAUCUUCAUGUCCUCGUGCACUGUUUUUGUGUUUGCUUCACUCAUGGAGUACGCCUUGGUCAAUAUCCUACUUGGCGAAGGGUUAGAUGGCUAUUUGGAUGAAGAUGGCAAUCAGACACAUUCUCUGUUUGCCAGAAAUACGCCAAAUAUACUGAUCGUGCCCAGGAUGCAAGACUUGCCAAAUGGAAGACCAAAGCUUACUUCUACACUGUACAGACACAGCGUGCAUCGUCGACGUGCAAUUUUAGUUGACAAAGUAUCAAGAGUUAUUUUCCCAUUGUCAUUUGUGAUACUGAAUACUAUUUACUGGUCUUUUUACCUUGAAAUUAUUUAAAGCUGAAGAGCUCUUCUCUCAACAAACUGAAACUAAGCAACAUGUUGGAGUCGGGAAUAAUACACCACCGAUAAAUGUUGAAUAACGGCGCUGUAACGAUUGCAGACAUACAGAAUAAAGUGACUGAAUAACUCUAAAUGUAAACAGAACACUACAUAACAAUAUACAAUGUAAAAGAAAAAGGAGAUUCAAGUUUAAUUUUUAUUUUUCUAUACUUUCUUACUUUAUCUGAGUCUGCUAUUAUACGAGAUGUUAAUAAAAAUAAUUAAAGAUUAAAAAAUCCAUUGGGAAAAAAAUGGAAUUAGAAAGAAAUGUAAGGUUUGACGCAUUCCUUCUGAGGAAAUCCGAGAUUUCCUUUCUAAUUUAAAAAGUAUAAAUAGAUGGCACUGCUCAAACCAAACAAAAAAAAAAGACUAUUUCUGUUACGCGUUUGACCAAUUCAGUUGCAAUAACAGCAUACAUGCCAACUUUUGCGCAUUUGGCGUAAUAUUUUAUUUCUAUAUUUAAAGUGGUAGUAAAAUGUAUGCUUUCUAUACAUUCCUUACAUUUAUAAUCUUUUUGACCACAACUAUUUUGAAACAAUUUAAGUAUAUAUAUAUAUAUAUGUUAUACUUUAGUAAGGUUUAUCAAACUGCAGCGUAUGUUACUGCCUAAAAUUGCAAUUUAAAUUACUUUUUACUACCACUGGGAAAAGGAUUAAAAGUUGGCAGGUAUAGCACAAGCAAAUGUAAAUUUUACCGUCAAAUUGCAUCAUUAUCUUAUUGCAAAUGGUGGUUAUUUUAAAAAUUUCAUAUAUUUUCCCAGUUCGAAACGCCAUCUGUUGAAGAACUUGCUAACUAAUUGUUAAACUUAUUGGCAUAGGAAUUCUUCAAUUUCAUAAGAAUGCAGAUAACCGUGCACUUCUAUCAUCUUUCGUUUCUUUCUAAAUUCCUUUUUCAAAUUGUCUGUUAUUAUGGAUCCCGAGAGCAAACUUUUCGACAAUCACUUUAAAAUGUUUAAUUUUAAUAGGAAAACUGUAUGACACAGUGAUCAGUGAUUUGUAUUCAGUGGAAAAGUAACUGAACAUUUUGCUUUCGUUACACGGUUAAAAUAAAAACUUGACUUUAAUCUGCCUGUUUCUUGAAUAUAAGCUAUGUUAAAAUACUGUAAAUACAACGUUUUUAUCACAAAUAAAUAAGAGCGAGUGAUAGAUGAGCAUUUCGAUACUAAGCGUGAAUGUAAUUAGUUCUGAGCAAAGCUGCCAACUACCAUCCGUAGUAAUUCAUUUCUAUAUUUAAAGUGGCAAUUAAAUGUGUCUUUAAUUUUUUGAGUUGAUAAAUUUAAUUUACUAUUUUGAUUGCCACUACAUUCAAAUAAAUCAAUCUCAUAGCUAAAAGCAAGUUAUUGAUUCCAAUUAAUGAAAUGUUUACAAUACAUUGCCAACUUUUUUGUAAUUUUCUAUAUUUGGGGAAAUUCUUCCUGUGAUUGUAUAUAAGUCGGAAGGUCAGGUCCCAGGUCAAUGCCAUAUAUAUAUAUGAAGACAAAAAAAGUGAAAACUGGUUACAAAAUUUACUUUAUUUUUUAGCCUAUUUUCGGAAACUAUAAAAUAUCCAUCACUACCAAAAAAUUAAAAAAGUUAAAAAGAAAAAGUUAAUUGCAAUCACUUUCAGGCCUGUCCAAGGCACAGAAGGAUUCUUAGUCUCCUUAC